UCACAUUCGUCAAGUUGAUUUAACGAACGAAACACCGCUGGCAGCACUGGAACCACGAAAUUCCGGGAUGUAAACAAAAAAGAAUCGAUUUUUACCAGCAGCAACAUUUCCAAAAGUUACGAUCGGCUAAAGAUGAAUUAAAACCUGAACGUCAUUGCCCGGUACGCGAACCACUGAAACGGUGCAAGAAUGUCGAUCUUUCGUAAUAAAAUAAUUUUAGUGAGCAGUGCCGUCGGCACACUUAUCGGUGGCACCGUUCUGUUGAAGGAUCGUAUGCAAGGUGCCAGCUUCGAGAAGAAUGUGCGAGCCGACGGCAAGGUGGUCAUCAUUACCGGGGCCAACACCGGCAUCGGGAAGGAAACGGCCCACGCACUGGCCCGCCGUGGCGCGCACGUUUACAUGGCCUGCCGGGAUAUGGUGAAGUGCGAGGAGGCCCGGAAGGACAUCGUGCUGGACACGCGAAACCCGCAGGUGUACUGCCGCGAGUGUGAUCUGGCCUCGAUGCAAUCGAUCCGUCAGUUUGUGAAACAAUUCAAAGCGGAACAACAGCGGUUGGACAUUCUCAUCAACAAUGCGGGAGUGAUGCGCUGUCCCCGCACGCUCACCAAAGAGGGCAUCGAGCUACAGCUGGGCGUGAACCAUAUGGGACACUUUUUGCUUACCCAUCUGCUGCUCGAUACGCUGAAGCUGAGCGCCCCGAGUCGCAUCGUGGUGGUGUCCAGCUUGGCACACACCCGCGGCCAGAUUGCGCUGGACGAUUUGAACAGCGCGAAAGCGUACGAUGAGGCGAAGGCGUACGAGCAGAGCAAGCUGGCGAACGUGCUGUUCACGCGCGAGCUGGCCCGCCGGCUGGAGGGCACGGGCGUGACGGUGAAUGCGCUCCAUCCGGGCAUCGUCGAUACGGAGCUGAUGCGCCAUAUGGGCAUCUUUAACAGCUGGUUCUCGGGGCUGUUUGUGCGACCGUUCGUGUGGCCGUUCCUGAAAUCGCCCCUGUACGGUGCGCAAACGACCCUGUACGCGGCACUCGAUCCGGACCUGGAGAAGGUUAGCGGGCAGUACUUUAGCGACUGUGCGCCGAAGGAGGUGGCCGAGCAGGCGAAGGAUGACCGGGUGGCCAAGUGGCUGUGGGCGGUGAGCGAAAAAUGGACCGGCACGCUCACUGGAACGGCGGCCGUUUCCUGACAGCGGAUACUGCGUAUGAAUAACAAUAAGGAUAUUGUUAUUUUUACGACCGAUCAGCAACCGGCAGCCGGCAAGACGUCCCAAACGGCAACCGACCGACCGAGCGGAAUGGCAUCGGGAUAGGGGAAUCGUACGCGCACACCAUUGUACACAUCGCACCGAAUGUAAUCACCGUUGGUCGUUUUUUGUUGUCUCGUUGCUAACGCUGUCUUUAUUUGCUAGUAAAAAAAAAAAUCCCUUCAAACCGAGCAUUUGCACAAUUUACGCAAUAUUCCUUUCAAGACCGUAUUUAAUCGAUGGCAGGAGCCGCUUUUGCAUAGCGAUACAGUGUGGAAUAAAUAGGUUACACAAAAAGUGAGGUUAACUGUUUGA